AUGGCGAGCAGGGACCGGCAUCGGGGACGGGCACACCGAGUGGGGACAGGCAUCGGGGAUGGGGAUGGGCACGCCGAGCAGGGACAGGCAUUGGAGACGGGGAUGGGCAUGCCGAGCGGGGACAGGCUUCGGGGAUGGGGAUGGGCAGGCCGCCGAGUUCACCCUUUCCUUGGAAACCCACACUUCUACAAUUCUUCCAUGGAUGGAGUGUAUCUGGAUGAGAAGGGGGAACUGGCAGCCAAAUUCGAUAGUGUGAACUGGGUGGCCUUUCCAAAUAAGUCUUUUCGGGCAGUGAAGUUUGGGACUAUUGAUGGACAAGGAACCCCAGCCCUGAAAUUCACCAUUGACCAAGAUGCCACCGUGUGGUCCAGGAAGUUUCAUCAGAAAGAUGCAGACCAUUGCACCAAAUGUCCAGAAGAUCAGUAUCCAAACAAGGAACAAAAUAUGUGUAUACCCAAGGUUAUGACCUUCUUGUCCUUCAAAGAAUAUUUGGGGAUCAUCCUGGCUUCCUGUGCCUUAUGCUUGUCCUUAAUCACAGGCUUUGUCUUAGGAAUCUUCAUUAGGUUCCUAGACACUCCCAUAGUCAAAGCCAACAACCGGGACCUCUCCUACGUUCUCCUCAUCUCCCUCCUGCUUUCCUUCUCGUCCUCCUUCCUCUUCAUCGGCCGGCCAAGGAAAGCGACCUGCCUCCUCCGACAAACGGUCUUCAGCAUCAUCUUCUCAGUUGCCGUCUCUUCACUGUUGGCCAAAACAAUCACUGUGGUGUUGGCCUUUCUGGCCACAAAGCCAGGGAACAGGGUGAGGAGAUGGCUAGGGAAGAGUUUGACCAACGCCAUUGUCCUUUCCUGUUCCAGCGUCCAAGUUAUUAUUUGCAUUAUCCAGGUGGUCAUGUCUCCUCCAUUCCCAGAUUCAGACAUGCACUCCCAGCCUGGACAGAUCAUCCUGCAAUGUAACGAAGGGUCUGUCGCCAUGUUCUAUGCUGCCCUUGGCUACAUGGGCUUCCUGGCUGCCAUCUGCUUCACGGUGGCUUUCUUAGCCAGGAAGCUGCCUGGGUCCUUCAACGAAGCCAAGCUGAUCACCUUCAGCAUGCUGGUCUUCUGCAGCGUUUGGGUGUCCUUUGUGCCCACCUACCUGAGCACCAAGGGGAAAUACAUGGUUGCCGUGCAGGUCUUCUCCAUGUUGGCCUCCAGUGCUGGGUUAUUGGGCUGCAUCUUUCUUCCCAAGUGCUACAUUAUUAUAUUGAGGCCAGAUUUGAAUUCAAAGGAGCAUCUCAUGUUGGGGGAAAAAGACAGCAUCUGA